CGAGGCGCGACAUGCCUCGUCACUGCUGAGCCGCGCGUGUGCUAACUGUGUUGAGUUUCUGCUGCUUGACUCUGUUGCUCGGCCGGUUGUUUCGUCAUGUAUAUGACGAAUUAUACAACCGUAAGAUCUCCAGCUGUCAAAGCGGCUAAGGCUUUGCUAAAAUCGUCACGUGAUAAAAGUUGGCAACAACUUAUUAGUCCAUAUUUGCCAACUGUCCCAGGUCAACCAUAUUGUGAGAGAUUUACCGAACGAGAACUUCGAAAAAGUGCGAUGUCAUACCGCGACACACAUCGUAUCUAUCGCAGUCGUUCUGUCGAUUUAGGCGCUAUAUCGAGAGAAAGCUAUCUAGCACAAUGGAACCGAGAACGAACACCUAUACAUAACCAAGAGCGAUAUAUGAGUCAUCUCAGACGCAGUUUUACACCGGUCCGAGAGAUUGCAGGCAUUGAGUCUAUUCCCGAUCGACGUCGUCCAUUAACUUCAUAUCGUGCACGCACGCCACUGGCAAUGGUGACGGCACCAUAUCACACGAACAUUCAGUACAGACUGGAAGAUCAACCAUUCCGUAAAUACGAUGUAUUUGGUCUACGCACAUGGAGCUACCCCAUAUACAAGUACGUAUACGGAAGAGAUCAAGACUACCGGCGACCGUACUCGUACAACUUCAACAGAAUGUACGGCACGACAUCACUUUACACACCACCGCAAUUAACACCAGAAAGUCGGCCUAUAACAACACGGCGAGGGUAUUCCGGCUAUACAUACCUAGCCAACGAAUCAAACUACGAUAUAGCAAGUCGACCAAGAAGCUUGAAGAAUUACAUGUAUACAAGAACAUACGUGGGGACAGUAUCAGCACCCUCAAGCUGGUCAUACUACGGUAACAGCUCAUUGCGUCAUUUUAACAGCUACCGUCCAAAUGUCUACACGCCAUCAACGGCUACAUGGCAACGAUACUACUAAUGUUUCUUUGUGUAUUUUUUAAUUUCUCGCAUUUUCACAUUGUUUAUGCUUUAUAUAUUUUGUUUAGAUUUUAUGCACUAGCCGUUUUCUGGCAACGAUACUGAUGUUUUCUGUGUAGUUUUUUUGAAUUUCUCGCAUUUCCGCAUUGUUUCAUUACGCUUUAUAUUUGUCUAAAUUUUAUGCAUUAGUCAUUUAUUAGAUUGUCCCACAAGUCUAUUCAUUUUUGAGUUUU